GCAGAACCCCAGCCGAAGCCUCUCUUGGAAGCUAGAUCAUGCGCAUUUUCUGCUAAAUCUUUGAUAGACAGUGAGCAUGCGUACCAUGUCUGAAGUUGAUAAAUUGAAUUUGAACAUGCGUAAUUAACCUUUCUGAAUAGGAAAAAAAAUACACAACAAAACUCUUCGUUUGUGGAACAUGCGCAUUCGUUCUCCGUAGCUUUUUGAGUUUUGAAAAUGAGCAUGCGCAUAGUGAGAGGGUUGGCCCUCCGACAUUUGAACAGGACGGAAACCGCUGGUCCUGGGGCUGUCAGUUGCUCACUUUUUUGAGGAAACAGGCCUCAUUUGUGUCUCAGCAUGUCAAUAGUAACAGUGCAACUUGGUCAGUGUGGCAAUCAGAUUGGUUUUGAAGUGUUUGAUGCUUUAUUUAGAGACUCACACUGUCCCCAGGGACUCUGCUCUAAAAGAGAGAAUGAAGCGUAUCAAGCAUCUUGCAAAGAAAGAUUCUUCAGUGAGGAGGAAAAUGGAGUUCCAAUUGCCCGGGCUGUACUCGUUGACAUGGAACCUAAAGUUAUCAAUCAAACACUAUCAAAGGCUGCCCAGUCUGGCCGAUGGAAAUAUGGCCAGCAUUCAUGCUUCUGUCAAAAACAAGGUUCAGGAAACAACUGGGCAUAUGGUUACUCUGUUCAUGGACCCAGGCAUGAAGAAUCUAUAAUGAACCUAAUCCAGAAGGAAGUCGAGAAAUGUGACUCUCUGAGUGGUUUUUUUAUCAUAAUGAGUAUGGCUGGGGGCACAGGAUCAGGGCUAGGAGCCUUCGUUACACAGAAUUUACAAGACCAGUACUCACACUCUUUGAAAAUGAAUCAGAUUAUAUGGCCUUAUGGAACUGGCGAGAUUAUUGUUCAGAACUACAACUCCAUUUUGACUCUUUCUCACUUGUACCGAUCUUCAGACGCCCUCCUUGUUCAUGAGAAUGAUGCUGUUCAUAAGAUCUGUGCAAAACUGAUGAAUAUCAAGCAGAUCUCCUUCAGCGAUAUAAAUCAAGUCCUUGCACAUCAGCUGGGAAGUGUGUUCCAGCCCACUUAUUCUGCAGAAGGCUCAUUUCACUACAGAAGAAAUCCAUUAGGAGAUUUAAUGGAGAAUUUAGUUCCCCAUCCUGAAUUCAAGAUGCUGGGUGUUCGUAACAUUCCUCAAAUGUCUGAGAACUCACUGGCAUACAGCACAUUUACUUGGGCUGGCCUCCUCAAGCAUUUGAGACAGAUGCUCAUUUCUAAUGCGAAAAUGGAAGAAGGUAUUGACUGGCAGGUACGGCCUCCUGUAUCACGACUUCCUACUCUUGGUAAAAUGUCUCUCAACAAGGAGCUUCAUUUUAACACUUCCAUUGCUAACUUGCUCAUCCUUCGUGGGAAAGAUGUGCACAGUGCAGAUCUGGGAGGAUUUAAAGAUCCAGCUCUCUAUACUUCCUGGUUAGAGCCUGUUAAUGCUUUCAAUGUGUGGAAAACCCAGCGAUCCUUUAACAAAUAUGAGAAGUCUGCAGCAUUGGUCACCAAUAGCCAGUUCUUAGUAAAACCACUUGAUAAGAUUGUGGGCAAAGCAUGGAAUAUGUUUGCUUCAAAAGCCUACGUUCAUCAGUACACAAAAUUUGGAAUUGAAGAAGAGGACUUUUUGGACAGUUUCACAUUGUUAGAACAGGUUGUUGCCAGUUAUUGCAACCUCUGAUCUUAAACAAAGGGGAAAAAGUAACAAGUCAUUUUUGGACUAAAAUAUUUUCAAUACUACUUUCUCUGUAAGGUUUUCAAAGUUCUGUCUGUUAAGGUAACAAAGUCGAAUGCUGAUUCCUUCUGCAUACUAUAGCCACAGAAAAGGAGGAAAACCUUUUAAAUGGAGAAUAGCAUGUUUUCAAUGAAAACAUCUACCUGGUAUUUUCAUUUGUAAGAAAAAAAAUUGAUGCUUCUGUAAAGAACUUGGGAAACAGUUUGCUGAGAUAUUAGAACUCUGAAACUAUCCAAUAAAGGGAAUAUUCUGUUUUGUCCCCUUGUUCCUAUAUCUUCCCUCUUUAUUCCAAAAAGGAUCACUAAAUAUGAGCUUAGCUUUCACAGCACAAUUUUAAGCUCAGAAAGUUCAGUACUGUAUUUAAAUAUAUUAAUCUUUGAAGUGAAUGCUUUGAACCACAAGAGGGAGCUGUUGUCAAAUGCUACAGUGUGAACAUCUGCUUCAAAUAUUUUAUUCUAUAAUAGGGUAAGAUUUUCCACUUUAAGCAGCUAUUUAAAAAUAAAUGUCAGGAUUUUGUUGAUAAAUGUAUAUCAUGUUUAAA